AUGCCGCUUCUGAUCGACAGCUGCAAGGAGUUUUUUCAGACUACCAACCUUUACGAGGUGUUAGGCGUCACUAAGGAAGCUUCUAAGCAGGAGGUAAAGAAAGGUUACUACAAGAAAUCUCUGGCCUACCACCCGGAUCGAGUCUCUGACACAGACAAAGAUGUUGCCACCAAAAAGUUCCAGGUUCUCAGUCAGAUCUACAACAUUCUGUCUGAUGAUGGACGCAGGGCAGAGUAUGAUGAGACGGGAAGUGUUGGUGAGGAAGUCAUACUUGACGAAAACAUGGACUGGCAACAGUACUGGAGACUCCACUUCCGAAAGGUCUCCAUCAAAGAUAUUGAAGAAUUCUCGCAGAAAUAUAAAGGUUCCAGUGAUGAGCUUGAGGACUUAAAGUCUGUCUACCUCUCCAGCGAGGGAGAUCUGGAAAACAUCAUGAAUACCAUGCUGUGCAGCAGCUACGAGGAUGAGCCUCGGUUUGUUAAGAUACUCACUGACCUCAUCAAAGAGGGAACAUUGCCAGAUUUCCCUGCCUUUUCCAAAGAGAGCAAGAAGAAGAAAGCAGCCCGUAUGCAGAAGGCUCGAGCAGAGGCCAAAGAAGCAGCAGAAGAGGCAAAGAAACUGAAACUUGAUGACACACAAGAAUCUUUGGCCUCAGCGAUUCAGCAGAGACAAGCUUCUCGAGCUGCUCAAGCUGAUAAUUUCUUUUCUCAGUUGGAGGCUAAAUAUGGAGGAGCCUCAAAAACAAAAAAGAAAGCGAGUAAAAAAUCAAAAUGA